UUUGUUGAGCUGCAGUUGGUAAGGAGGUCGCUGUUGCUUGCGUCCCGAUGGCCAGCAGCUCCAAACCUCUCCAGCCCGUCACUCACGUCAUUUUUGACUUGGACGGAACCCUUCUAAAUACCGAAACCCUUUACACUGAAGUGAUGAAUGAUGUGUGCGGCCACUACGGAAAACAGUUCACUUGGGAGGUGAAAUCCUCCAUCAUGGGCAGAAGGGAAGCGGAAGCUGUGGUGAUGAUUCAAAAGGCGCUGGACCUCCCCAUAAGCCCAGACCAAAUCUUGGAAGAAAGUAAGAAGAAGAAGAAAGAGUUGUUCCCCAAAUCCGUGUUUUUGCCAGGCACAGAAAAGCUCAUCCGCCAUUUGCAUCAGCACAAGAUACCCAUCGCUGUGGCUAGCAGCUCCAUUAAAGAGGCCUUUGACAUGAAAACAGGCCACCACCAGGCCAUGUUUCAAUUAUUUCACCAUAUUGUGCUGGGAGAUAACCCGGAAGUGAAGGCUGGCAAGCCAGCGCCUGAUAUUUUUCUGGUCUGCGCAAAGAAAUUUGAGCCUCCGGCCCCUCCAGAAAAGUGCCUUGUGUUUGAAGAUGCGCCCAAUGGGGUCAAGUCAGGCAUAAGUGCCGGCAUGCAAGUGGUCAUGGUUCCGGAUGAAAAGCUGGCGAAAGAGUUAACCAAAGAAGCUACCCUGGUCCUCAACUCCAUGAGUGACUUCAAGCCAGAAAUGUUCGGCUUGCCAAAAUUUCAAUAA